AUGGAUCAUCCAAAGGGAUAUCUUGCUUUACUCCUGUUUGUGUUGGUCAGUGUGUCCAGUCAGAAUAACCUGAUCACAUGGUGCACAGUUUCAGAUGCAGAGGAGCAAAAGUGUAUGGAUUUAGCUGGAAAUGCCACAGCCAGGAACAUCCGUGGGAAUCUACAGUGUGUGCGGGGCCAGAGCCCCACAGACUGCAUGGAAAAGAUUAAGAACGGCUCAGCUGAUGCUGCAACCAUGUAUCCUGAUGAGAUUUACACUGCUGGCUGGUGCUAUGGUCUGGAUGUGGCAGCAGGAGAAUCCUAUAAUGGAGCAGAUGGCAUCAAUUACUAUGUGGUUGCCUUGGCGAGGAGGUCUUCGAGUGACCUGUCCCUGCUGGAGAUGCAUGAACGCAGUUCCUGUCACCCUGGGAUACGAACCACAGUGGGCUGGACUGUACCCAUCGGCUUCUUGGUCAACACGUCUCAGAUCAGCGUGGAUGAGCAGUGUAACUUCCCUCAUGCCGUAGGGGAUUUCUUUGGCUACAGCUGUGUCCCAGGAGUCAAGGACCCAGAGCACGAUCCUCGGGGAAACAAUCCCAAGAACCUUUGCGAGGCCUGCAUUGGGGACGAGAACGACCGCCACAUCUGUGCCAAUAACCCCAGAGAGCGCCACUUUGGGGAGUCUGGAGCUCUGAGAUGUGUAGCAGAGAAUCUGGGAGACGUGGCCUUCGUCAAACAUACAACAGUGUUUGAUAACAUGCAGGGUAAGAAUCAGGAGUCGUGGGCGAUGGAUCUGGAGCUGGAGGAUUUGAAACUGCUGUGUCCAGAUGGAGGGGAGGCCACUCUGUUCGAGCAUAAACACUGCCACCUGGCCGUGGUGCCCGCCAACGCCGUGGUCGUACGCCUGGAGGACAAAUGCCGUGUCUACAAGUUUCUCGAACGUGUGCAGAAUGCAUUUGGCAAUGCUACGCAGGGCUUCUCUCUCUUCAGCUCGGCAGGUUAUGGAGACACAGAUGUGAUGUUCAGUGAUUCCACCCAGAGGCUGUUGAGGGUUGUUGGCACCUACACCUCUUGGCUGGGACCCAGCUAUACGACCAUGCUGCAAGCUUUUGAAUGUGAAGGCUUCACAGCCUCUGAUUUUCCUCCUCCGUCCAUCUUUUGGCGCCAUGUAUCAGAUUAG